AUGGGUGUCGGGGGUGGGGGAUGUCCCGGGAAAUCCCACAUCCCAUCCCAGCUGGAGCAAACCCUGCGGCUGGAGACGGGAGAGCGGGAAGCAGCGGAGAGCCGGAGCUUGGCACAGCACAACAUCGAGCUGCGGCGGCUGCUGGAGGAGGAACAAGCUGCCUACAAGCGCAAGCUGCAGGCGUACCAGGAGGGCCAGCAGCGGCAAGCCCAGCUGGUGCAGAAGCUCCAAGCCAAGGUGUUGCAAUAUAAGAAGAAAUGUGGUGAAGUGGAGCAGCAGCUGCUGGAGAAGGCGACGGAGCUGGAGCAGGAGAGGCUGACGAGUCAGCUGGAUGUGAGCAGCUCGCUACCAGAGGAGGAGAGCACCAACGAGCUGGAGAACGCCCUGAUCCGGCUGGAAGAGGAGCAUCAGAGGAGCAGCAGCCUGGUGCAGGUGAACUCGAUGCUGCGGGAGCAGCUGGAACAAGCCAACGUGGCCAACGCAGCGCUGAGCGAGGACAUCCGCAAGCUGACGGCUGACUGGGCACGGGCACGGGAUGAGCUGGAGCAGCGGGAGGCAGAAUGGAGGCGCGAGGAGGAGUCCUUCAACACCUACUUCAGCAACGAGCACAGCCGGCUCCUGACCCUCUGGAGGCAGGUGGUGGCUUUCAGGCGGCACUUUGGGGAGAUAAAAGCUGCCACCGAGAGGGAUCUGGCGGAGCUGGGCCACGAGGCCUCGCGGACGGGCAGGGCUGCGCACGCCGCCUGCCUUCACCUGGCUGCCAACCUGCGGCUGGUGACGGAGCUGCGGGCAACCCUGCGGGAGCUGGAGCGCGCCCGCCUCGACGCCCGCCGCGAGCUGCAGGAGCUGCGCCGGCAGGUGAAGGACCUGGACAGCGAGAACAACAAAAGGAGCAAGGAGGUGGGCGAGCUGCAGGCGCGUGUGGCCCUGGAGGAGCAGCGGGAGGAAGAGAACCGUCGCGAAGCCUUCGGCCUCAGGCAGAAGGUUGUAGAGAGUGAGGCUGGCACAGAGGCUGCCAGGAAAGAGCUCCAGCACCUGCAGCAGCGACUGUCAGAGGUGGAGGGUGAAUUUCGGCAGCGGGAGAAGGACCUGGCCCGCAGCCUGGAGGAGGCUCGAGGCAACGAGAAGAAGCUCCUGGCCGAUGCCCGCAACCUGCAGCUGAAGGUGGAGGCGGCGCGGGGCGAAGCGGCCGAGCUGAGCCUGCGCCUGAGUGCGGCCGAGGGUCGGGCACAGGGGCUGGAAGCCGAGCUGGCCCGCGGCGAGGCUCUGCGCCGGGCUGCUGAGACCCGCCUGGGAGGCAUCCAGUCCGCCCUGCGCCGUACCAUGGGCAUCGGCCGGACGCGGGCUGGCUCCCCAGGCAAGGGUGGGGGACCGGAGGGGUCGGGGAGCCCCAGCUCAUCCCCGGACCCCGAUGCAGCAGCCGAGCCCGAGGCAGUGCGGGCAGCCCUGCGGGAUUUCCUGCGCGAGCUGCAGGAUGCGCAGCGGGAGCGGGAGGAACUGCGGGUGCAGGUGGGCAGCCUGGGCCGGCGGCUGGCAGAGGUGGAGGAGGAGCGGGACAGUGCUGGUGCCCGGGCACAGCAGCUCCAGAAACUGGUCACUGAAAGCGAGGAAGGACGUCGCUGCGGGGAGCUGAGCAGCGCCCAGGCCACGCUGGUGCUGCAGGAGGAGACGCUGCGACGAGGCGAGCGGGAGCGGAGGGCGCUGCGGGAGAAGGUGGCGGCGCUGGAACGGAGCCUGCACGCCGCCGAGGGCCAGCGCCGAGCUGCCCAGGAGAGGGUGAGCGCGGUGCGAGCUGGCGAGGCCGAGCUGGAGGAUGCCAAGAGGCGGUUGGAGGCGGCGGAGAGCCGGAGCACCCGCCUGGAGCUGCAGCUGCGGGUGCUGGAGGGCGAGUUGCAACGGGCGCGGCUGGCCCUGGGCGAGCGGCAAGCGGAGGCACGGGCCAUGCAAGACCGCACCGAGCUGCUCCAGAAGCAGCUAGCGGAGAGCGAGCAGCGUGCCGGCGCGUCGCAGCUGGCCAUGGAGAGGCUGAGCGCGGCCUUGGUGGCCAGUGGCUCGAAGGACAGUGAGCUGAACGCUCCGGCCUCGGCCGAUGGCACUGUGGUCCACGAGCGGCUGCUGCAGCUCCAAAGCGCCCUGGCUGCCGGCGAGCUCGACCGCCGGGCGCUGCAGGAGGGUCUGGAGGUGGCGCGGCGGGCGCUGGCGGAGGCACGGGAGGAGAAGGGAGCGCUGUGGGAGCAGCUGCGGGCGCUGCGGGGGGAGCAGGAGGCCCUGCAGCGGAGCAAGGAGGAGCUGGAGGCGCAAGUCCGACAGCAGCAGGAGGCGCUGCAGCAGCGGCAGGAGGAGCAGGGGGGGCUGCAGGAGCGGGUGGGCAGCCUGCAGCGCGCCCUGACCCGCACGCAGGGCGAGAAGCGGGAGGCCGAGCGCGUCGCUCUCCGCCUCGAGAAGGACAAGAGCGCCCUGAAGAAGACCCUGGACAAGGUGGAGCGGGAGAAGCUGCGGACGCAGGAGGCCUCGCUGCGGCUCUCGGCGGAGAAGGGCCGGCUGGGGCGCUCGCUGGGCACGGCCGAGCGGGAGCUGGCGCAGGCGCAGCACCGCAUCCACCUGCUGCAGGCACAGGUGUCGGUGCUGGAGCACCCGUCUGUGCCGAGCCCUGGGCCGUCUCCGGAGCUGCAGCGGGGGCUGGACCGCCUGCGCAUCGCCCAGCUCCAGGCCCAGCGGGUACUGGAGGCUCGUGACCGCGGCCACCAUGUCCGCGACCUGGAGGAGCAGGUGGCGCUGCUGAAGGGGCAGGAGCUCCACCAUCACCCCACCAGCACCUAAGGACCCUCUGCACCACCCGCAGAGACCGGCGCAGCUCAUCUCAUGGGUGAGGGGGGAGCCGUUCCCCAUCCCCGUGCUCAAACAACACAUCGACUUGUGUCUCAUCAUGCCCUUUUCUCAAGCUAAAAGCUGCACUUUACCGACGAGGCGAUGACACUCAUGUAUUUUUGAUACAGGUUGGGGCCCAAUGAGUGUUUUUCCCCACUUUUCUAUUGCAAUUUUUAACAAAAAGUUUGGAAAUAUUCCUUUUUUUAGCCCCAGGAGAGCCCUGUCUCAGCAUUGGCCAAGCCCCCUGAUUUAUUUCCCCCGAUACAUGACUCUCCUCCAGCCCUGACAAGCCCUAACACUCACCAGAUCCUAAUCUUUUCACCUUUUGCUAACAAAAGAACUACUCCAGGUUGAUGAUUCUGUGUUUUUUUUAGAAAAUAGCAGGGAUUUUAUACCACUAUUUUUGGACUUUGAGGUUUUUACUGGUGCUACGGGGCAGCCUGAGGUCUGGGGGCUGAGCCAAGCCAAAAACCCACCUGCAUGGAGGUGGUGGCUUCAAGCACGGCCAAGCCUUGUCAGUCCCAGCACGACUAAAUGUGGAUAAACCUACACUGGCAACCCCUGAGGGGUUUUUUUGGGGGUGCAGGGUGUGGUAUUUUGGGGAUGCCCAAAAUGUGUGUCUGUUGGGACACCAGGAUUGAUUCAGGUCCCUAAAUAAUAAUAAUUAAGAAAUACUAAUAAAUAAUCAUACAUAA